CAGUGUCAACAGAAAUCUUGGACAAGGCCAGCUCCUGCAGCCCAGCACUGUGCAGCUCCAUUGGCUGCCUGAAUGAAUGACUUGCAAACUUGUCAAUGUAUUAUGCAUGUCAGUUCACCUUUAGUGUGUUCUUGAGCUCAUUCUCAGGUAAACACAGCAGAGAGGAGGCCAGUCACAAGACCCUGUGUACCGAAGGACCAGCUCUUAGUUUGUUGGACUGCAUCUGCAGCCUGAGGGGCGUGAAGAAAUGGAGCUGAUCGGAUCCACCCUGACGGCCACAUAUACUCGGCCAAAAACCAGCCACUUCCUCCCUGCCAUCUCCACCAUGGCGUCCAGCUACCGCAACACCCAGCCGGCCUUGGCCAUGAAUCCCAGUGCCAAUCUGUGGAGGACCAACAGCUACUACAAGAGCAGCAGCGCCGUCCCGACCGCCUCCUCCAUACAGAGGGAGAACUUAGACCUGGUCCGAGCCAACACCAUGUUCUACCCGUCCAACAGGAGCGCGCUGACCACCCGCUACACACCGGACGACUGGUACAAGUCCAAUCAAAACAACUACAGGGAGUCCGAGUCGUCCCGGAAAAGUGCAGAGAGGCUGAGGAAAGACACUCUGAGGCUGAUGCAGGACAGAGAGCAGCUGACCAGGCGGACCCAGGAGAACACCAGCAAGAACCUCGGCGAAAGGCUCAACGACAUCGUCUUCUGGAGGUCUGAGCUGAGCCACGAGAUCGACAACAUGGUGACUGAGAUAGGGGCUCUCAGUGAGGUGAAGAGGAGGCUGGAGAGGGCCUUGGCAGAGACUGAAGGGCCUCUUCAGGUGUCUCAAGAGUGUUUGUACCACAGAGAGAAGCGGAUGUCCAUCGAUCUGGUCCAUGAUGAUGUAGAGAAAGACCUCAUAAAGGAAGUAUCGGUCAUAAAGUCAUGUCAGGAGAGGAUGCGUCGACAUCUGGACAGAGCCAUCGCCCAGCUGGCGUCAAACCGAGCGGCUCAACACGAGCUGGAAAGAGACAUGAGCGACAAAGUGGCAGCUCAGAGGAUAGAUGACAGGUGUCACCAUCUGAGGAACACAUCAGACGGUAUCGGCUAUUACAGAGGAAUUGACAGACUAGACCCUUCACUCUCUCUGCCCGACUCCUGGUCCAAGUUCACGGAUGACAACAUCCUGCACUCCCAGAGCGAGCGAGCCGCUUCCCACAAGCUCCGAGAUGAGAUAGAAAUCCUGCUGAACACCACGUCCAACGAAAUGUGGAACCAGUUCAACAACGUCAAUGUAGCCUUCACCAACCGCAUAUCAGAGACAGCCGACACCAAGAACAGCCUGCAGACACACCUGGCUAAGACUUUGCAGGAGAUUUUCCAGACUGAGAUGCUGAUUGAGUCUCUGAAGAAAGCUCUCAGAGAUAAAGAGUGUCCGCUGAAAGUGGCCCAAACCAGGCUGGAGGAGAGAACUCGCAGGCCAAACGUAGAGCUCUGCAGAGACAACCCACACCACAGACUUGUGAGUGAGGUGAGGGAGAUCGAGGACACCAUCCAUAAACUUCAGGAGAGGCUGAUGGAGGCUGAAAACACUCUGCAGACUCUGGUCAAGACCAAAGUAACCCUGGAACACGACCUUUCCAUCAAGGCCAACUCACUCUUCUUAGACCAGGAGAAGUGCAUGAGCAUGCGCAAGAGCUUUCCCAGCAUGCCCCGUCUGGUGGGCUACACCUAAACCGAGCCUUGGAGGAUCAAUAGAGUGAAUGCUCUAAUGGGUUUGGAGCAGUGUGUGAACUAUAGCCAUGGCUUUCAGGGAAAUGACAGAGACAACAUUUGUGAAGAAGUCGAUUUUCUGCUUUUAUUUAUGAUUAUUUAUGGUAAUCAACAUAUGAAAAGUAGCUACAGUUCCCUGCUUUCAGCACCGGUUUGUUCUUUGCUCUGCUUUUUGAUCGUUAUUAUCAAGAUCUUUGAGUAAAAGUGAAUGAAGUUUAUUGAAUUAGUGAUAAACCACCUUCAUGUGUUAAUCAUGUCAUCAAUAAUAGCCUCAUUUUGUACAAUAGUCAUGUUGAUAGAGAGGCAUAAGAUAGACUGACAAUAUUUUAUUCCCUUCAAAUCAUGUUUUCAGGGCAGCUCAUGUCUUGUUAGCCAAAUUUUCCCUCAAAUCCACUGGAGUUCACGCACGUUUGGAGUGGUUUAGAAGAAGGCUUAGUUAAUUUAAAUGUUAACAAAAUAAUUAAACUGAUAACCACUGAAUAAGAAUAAUGGAUUAUCUUAAAGUUCCUGUGCAGAACUUUUAUCUCCCCCUUCUGGCAAUGAAAGUAAUUACAUAAACGCUGUCUAUAUUUAUCCUUUAAUCAUUUCUUUCUUUUGUUUUCUGGAGCAUGAGAAACUUUUCUUUGAUGCUUUCCGUGUUUUUCCACCUCACUCCUAUCUGCUGUAGCCCACAGUUGCUCCACUGUUCAUCUCUUCAACCACCAAUCAUUGCUAGUUAACAUAAAACUCAUCUCAACCAAUGAGAAAUACAGAGAGAUUUACCUGCUGCUAACGGGCUUGAAUGCAAUGAAUGUUCAUAUAUAUGUAAAAGUUCCUGCACUGAGCUUUGAUAUUAAGUGUUGAACCUGUAAUAGAUUUAACAGCAUUAAUAAAGAGAAAACAGAAAAACAA